CUUCCCGCACGGCUCCCAGCCGCGCCGCCCCGCCCAGGAAGCGCCCUUUGCCCGCGGAGCAGGAAGCGUGGCGGCGCCGUGCGGCAGCGGGCGCCCUGCAGCAUGGGAUAUUCACACCUUGCUCUGAAUGGCAGCUUGGUGCCCGGAGUGACCAUGCAGAGAACACUCAGACAGCGCCAGCACUUCAGGAGCAGACUGCAGGACCCCAAGGAGCCUGAGAGAUGGAGCUCUACACUGGGAUGACUCCUACAGCCUCCACAAUCCAACGCAGCCACAGGACAGCUAUGGAGGAGGAUUCCUGAUUGGUGAACCUGACAUAAGCUGCCGAGAUGGACCAAGGAGAAGAUCAAGAUUAUGAGGCCUCAAAGGACAUGGGUGCUGAGAUCGAUCCCUUUCUGAAUCACUUUGCAAGCACAGAUCCACAGGACUUGCUGGCAGCAGAAUCCGUAGGAGAAGAGGAACAGCUGGAGAACGGUGAUGGAAGUCAGUGUGGUUCCACAGAGGCACAGCAAGGUGACCGCAGGGAGGCAGAGGAGGCUAAGCUGUCUUGCUCUGCUAUCAGCCUGGUGAAAAGACAAGAGAGAAGGGUGGGAGCACGACGGCGAGCCCCUCGUGCAGAGCGGCCCACCAUCUGCUCCGAGUGUGGCAAGGGCUUCAGCCGGAGCAUCCACCUCAUCCAGCACCAGCGAAUGCACACCGGAGAGCGCCCGUUCUUGUGUGGGGAGUGUGGCAAGGGCUUCAGCCAGAGCUCCCACCUCAUCCAGCACCGGCGAGUCCAUACCGGCCAGAAACCCUACACUUGUGCGGAGUGUGGAAAGAGCUUCAGCCAGAGUUCUAACCUCCUGAAGCACCAGCGCAUCCACACCGGGCUCAAACCCUACAUGUGCAGCGAGUGUGGGAAGAUCUUCAGCGAUAGCUCCACCUGCAUCAAACACCAGCGUAUGCACACAGGCGAGCGGCCCUACAAGUGCUCAGCCUGUGGGAAAAGCUUCAGUCAGCACUCCCACCUCCUUCAGCACCAGCAGGCCCACAGCGGUGUCCGGCCUUACUCUUGCGGUCAGUGUGGCAAACGCUUCGGGCAGAGCUCCGACCUCAUUAACCACGCUCGUACCCACACCGGUGAGAAGCCUUACAAGUGCAGCCAAUGUGGCCGGGGCUUCAGUGGCAACUCCAACCUCAUCAAGCACACCCGCAUCCACACGGGUGAGCAGCCAUACCGCUGCGGCCAGUGCGGAGCAAGCUUUCGUUUCCAGCCCCAGCUGGUGCGUCACCAAAAGCACCAUGCAGUGUAGUUGGCCACGUGGAUGAUGGGCCAUGGACCUGGUGCCGUUGGAUGCUUCAUAUGGGGUGUGAACUGGGGCAGGGAGCCCUCAGAGCCUGUGUCCUUCUGGGUUGAUCGGUCUGUGAGCACUGCCUAGGCACUCAGCCUGCGCUGAAUGAACUAGCGCAGGUUCACUGCGUGGGGUAGCAGUUCUCAGCCCCUCUUUGAGGGAAGAAAGAUACUUACCGUAUGGUGUGUUCAAGACCAGGAGGGAGAGACAUUCCAAGGAUCAGUGCCUUCUUUUGUUAUUCUUAGAGGGUUGUGAUUUUUGUCCUAAAAUCUGCUGUAUAAAUUGCCUGGGUUUUGCCUUUGUUGUAAAGCCAUAGCUUAGCAUGAUUGCUCCCCUCAGAAUCCACAUCUCCCACUUGGCAGUUUUCUUGGGUUUAGGUGGUGUUAGCUAUUUAUUUCAAACCCCUGCAACACAGAGUUCGAUGCCUGAGAGUGUAUGUCACAGGCCCAGCCAUCCUCUGUGCGGGCCAUGUCUGGAACUGUAUUUCUGCUCAGUUGGAUAGCUGUUAAAUUGGCAGGUUCUCAGAUGAUGAUGCUUUGUCCUCAGCAGUUUGACAGCUUUGUCCUCAGCAGCAAUUAAGUAAAUUAACAUCCUAAUAGGUACUUCUCUCAGAUUCUUGUUUAGGCGCUUUUGUGGGUGGCACUUUAUGAAUGUUUUUAUAAGGCUUUUAAAAGUAUUUCGGAUGACUUUUUUUAAUUGUGAUUUUUAAUUGACACUUGAUGAAAAGAAAGAGGAUGAUGUUUCAAAAUAAGCUAUGUCAAACCGAUUUUGUAUUCAGUGUUAAAUAUCUUUUCUUGCAUAAAAGCUUUUAACUCUAA